CGCAGUCCGAUAGAGCAGCGGUGACGCUUUAUCUUUCCUCACACAUCUGAACACACCAACACACACACAGCCUCGCUUUUCCACACACACCUUUACAUAUUAUCAGGGGAGUUUUGCAGACAUCGAGGAGUCUUUCAUGAGAAAAGUCCACAAACUAAAGACAGAAUGGAUGCUUCACAGCUGCUGUUUCUGCUGCUGCUCUACGGAUACCUGCCAAAAGUGUCAUCGGUGCAGAUGUGCGAUGUGAUGAACGACAUCAGACUGGAGAAAGAGCGCUGUGAGAAUAGCACCUAUGGGAACGUCACUUCAGGUUGCCAAGGCAUGUGGGACAUCAUCGCCUGUUGGCCUUCAGCCAGAGUCGGAGAGGUGGUUACAAUAAGCUGCCCCACUUACUUCAGUUACUUCAGCGACGAGCACAAAGGUAACCUCUCCAAAACAUGCACAGCAGACGGCUGGACUGAGAUGCAUCCCAUUGACAUCGCAAUGAACUGUGGAUAUAAUCUCAACAGCACCAGCGAUGAUGGCAAGUUUUUCUGGCAAGUGAAGAUUGGCUACACAGUUGGCCACAGUGUUUCCCUCAUAUCUCUGACCACAGCCAUCGUGAUCCUCUGCCUCUUCAGGAAGCUCCACUGCACAAGGAACUACAUCCACAUGCAUCUUUUUGUGUCAUUCAUCCUGAAGGCCAUCGCUGUGUUCAUCAAGGAUGUUGUCCUCUACGAGGUCGGGGAGGUGGACAACUGCUCUUCAGGCUCUGUUGGCUGCAAAGUCGUGAUUGUGUUCUUCCAGUACUGCAUAAUGGCCAGUUUCUUCUGGCUGCUGGUGGAAGGCCUUUAUCUUCACGCAUUGUUGGCAGUCUCUUUCUUCUCCGAGAGGAAGUAUUUCUGGGCUUACAUUCUGAUCGGCUGGGGAGGUCCAACAAUUUUCAUCACAGCGUGGAGCAUUACUAAAGCCUACUAUAAUGAUGUGGGGUGCUGGGAUAUAAUCGAGAACACUGAUGUCUUCUGGUGGAUCAUUAAAACCCCUAUUUUGGCGUCAAUCCUGAUGAACUUUAUUCUAUUUAUCUGCAUCAUACGAAUACUUCGCCAGAAGAUCAACUGCCCAGAUAUUGGAAGAAAUGAGUCCAAUCAGUACUCGAGGCUGGCGAAAUCAACGCUGCUUUUGAUUCCUCUGUUUGGAAUCAAUUUUAUUGUGUUUGCAUUCAUCCCAGAGCAAGUGAAGACUGAGCUGCGCCUGGUUUUUGACCUGAUUCUGGGGUCGUUUCAGGGCUUUGUGGUCGCGGUUCUUUACUGCUUCCUCAACGGAGAGGUCCAAGGAGAGAUCAAGAGGAAGUGGCGGAGGUGGCACCUGCAGAGAUACAUGGGCUCCGACACUAAAUACCAACAUCCAUCAAUCGGCAGCAGCAGCAACAACUUCAGCACCCAGAUCACCAUGUUGACGCGAUGCAGCCCAAAAACACGCCGGGCUUCAGCCUCCUGUCACGAUGACCUGUCUAGCAUAUGACUCACACAAACAGCAAUACGUGCUGUAAAAAAAAUACUGUGGUGCCAAACAUUAGGCAGACUGUGAGCUCUAGAAUAAAGAAAUACGCACUCCCUCAUUAGCAAAUGCAUUCUUGGAGGAAGUGCUGCUUGAGUCUGAUGUGAACGCAGGAAAGUGUUGAGACGACAGACAAAAAGAUAUAAGAAAAUAGUGUGACGGCUUCUAAGCAGCUUUUAAUCUCCACGCUUCUUGAAAACAAUUGGUUGAAGUGACAAAGAUACAAGCGCGUUGCUUUGCAGACACAGCUUUUGCACAUUUAAAUGAGAACUGUUCACUUUUUUUGUAUUCCAUGAUUCAGUGCACAUGUACAGGUGAAUUUGUGAGUUUUACCAUUACGGAUCGUUUGGUCAGUUGUUAUUAGGCUCCCCGUGUGCUCAGACACGAUGCAAGGCAAAAUGUCACAUAAUAAUGGGGUUAGGUGAGGGAAUCUAAAUGUGAAUGGCACCAGCAGCCCCGCACUAGAUGUAAUUACGCGCUGAUUAAAAAUCACUUAGUGGAUUCCUGCAGUGCCAAAUGAACAAGGCUGGUGCGAAGACACAGCCGUUUGAAGAAAAGGAGCUGAUGCUUUUCAACAGGGAAUCACAUUAUUUACAUUGUUACAGUGUGCAGCGACACCACGGGCAAAGAAAACUACCAGAAAUGCAUUAUGGGGGAGUGUUUGAAUGUGAGUGGUGAUAGAAAAAAAACACAUUUUAAUGCAUUUUUAUGCAACUAAAAAUAACCAAACUGUGUGUAGGAACACAGAAAAAAGUUUUUUCCAUAAAUGCCAAACGAAUGCAGCUUCAGACCGGGUGACCAGUGUGAUGCUGAUUCACAAUGAUGGGUUUGGAGUAUAAAUGCCCUUCUCUGCACUAUCACUCUCACCAGAGACUGAUUGCCCUUUGCCUUCCCUUCUAUCAGCACAGCCCCUCCUCUUGUGUGAUUCUGAGCCUGUCGUAGGUUUGUUUUCUGUUAUUUGAGGCACUGUGGCAGUUUUGUGCCAAUCACUGACGAGUGGCUGGUUUCAGUGUUUUGAAGUGACACUUUCAGUCGAAUCUUCACCGG